GCCCUUGUCCCGCUCCUGGCUGUUGUCCCAGCUUCGCAAGGAGGGAAGGGGCUGUGGCCAUCAGGGAAACGUAGAAGGUUUUAUCACUUCAGCCCUUAACAACGGUCUCAAGCAAUCAGCAGAAUUAAGCUUUGGUGCCGAAGUAAACCUGGGAGUGGAGAAAUUGGAGGACAGCCAUACAGGAGGAGAUGAUUGGAUACUGAGACCUUAGCCGCCAACAAAGGUGAAACCAAGAUUUGUCUCUGAUAAGCUCUCGCUAUCACUUUCAUACCCUCUCUUAGCUGUAUUUACAAGAGUAACCCGCUCUAAGAACCUUGGAUAGGCCAGCUUAUCCUAUACAUUGCACCUAUGGUUAUUAUAAACAAUCUUUGACACAUCAGCAUCUUGCAUUACUCCUCUGCCAUGCACAGCUCCUCCUUAUGGUCCUUUUGCAUCUUGCUUCGUGUAUUGGAAACAGUGAAACUCUAUGAAGCCUCCCUUCAGAUGCCAUACAUUUCAUUCUCAGCUGGAUAUGCCACUUACCUUAUUGCAGAGCCAGUGUCCAUGUCAUGCCAGAUUCCUUCUAAUAUUACAGUAAAUGGGUACCAGUUCUUUAAAAAUCAUCAGAAGAUACAAGACAUAAAUGGACCCUUAGGAAAACAUCACAAAAUCACCAGUGUGAACCGGGGAAGUGCUGGAUCUUACUCCUGUUUGUACUGGAUUGAAGACUCCAGAGGAAAACAGAUAUCUCCAAAAAGUCCUCCAGUUUCUUUGUCAGUAAUGGAUCAACCCACAACUCCAGUUCUCGACAUAGAUCCCAAAUACCCUCUUUAUUUUGAAGGAGAAGAUGUGCAUUUAGAGUGUCGGCAUCACAUUUACCCUUACACAGGGGGUUACAAAUUUUACAAGAAUAACAGAGAGCUCAAUAUUUCAAGUGGCAAUUUAGCAUCUACUUUUUCUAUUUACAACAUCAGUAGAAAGGAUUCUGGGACAUAUAAGUGCGAGUACUGGCUAUCAGAACACCAGCGGGUGGUAUAUUCCCCUAGAAGCAAACCACAAACCCUUUCUGUAACAGCUCUAUCUACAUCCCCAUUGUUGUUGUUCCAGCCACCUUACUCCACAUUUAUAGUGGGGGAGACUGUUUCAAUGGAGUGUUUAGCUCCUUCUACAGUGCCAGUCAGUUUGUAUCGCUUUUACUAUGAGGAACGUGAGGUGGUGUCCCCUUCAACUACACACUCUGGUCAGCAUUCGCUGAGGAACCUUACCAAGAAGCACAAGGGAAACUACAUCUGUAUGUACUGGAGCACAAAGAGCCAAAGGGAAAUCCCAUCUUUUCCAAGUGUGACAAAAGAGCUGUAUAUAAUAGAUCCCCUUCAGUCACCAGUGCUGGCAGUAGAUCCACCUAGUGGACGAAUUUGGGAUGGUGCAAAUGUGACUUUGAUCUGUACAACUCCAAUCCCCUAUGAAAAUACCACUUUCCAUUUCCUUAAUGAUAGAGAAGCAGUAUUUAGCAACAACACAAGCAGAGCACAGAUGAAAAUGGUAAUCACCAUGUCUAUGUUAAAUGCUACCUCAGUUUUCAAGUAUUCUUGUCAGUAUACGGCAUACAUAAAAGGACGUGCCUUAACAUCACCCAGGAGUCACCCUGCAGAGAUCACGAUUAUAACAGGAUCAGUUAACUGGCUCAUAGCUAUUGCAGUUGCUGCUGGAGUUGUGGUGUUGAUUACAGUAUUUCUCCUACUUUACUGGAUUUGUUUGGCGAGAAGAGGCUCUGCAGAUGAUGGAGAGAAAUCACAGUCCUCUGAAGAGGAUGGUAAGAUUACGACAGGUCUGAGAAUGAAACAAAGAAGUCCAAAGAACUGAUUUCUAUUUCCCACACUUGGAAGGAUGAAUUAUGGCAGUAAAUUUCAACAGACUGACAUCAACGUAAUUUAUCAUUUUACCGAUAGACAACUGGUACAAAAGACCAUGGAUUGAAAGUAGCAUCAUAUAUGUCCCUCUUGGUCAUCUGCUCCCUUACCCUUAGUAUAUCUCAUUUUGUAUCUGAAAACAAUGUGGUUAAUUUUACAUGGAUGAGAUGCUUCAAAUUGAGAAAGCAAACCAAGGAAAGUAAAUCAUGCCUCCCUAGGCUACACAUAAUAGAUUUCCCUUACUUAGCAUUGUUGUUGACUGACAAGUAGUGAUGAGUGAAUCUUUCCUGUUUUGGUGGAAAAUUUGCGAAACUGCUAAAAAUUCAUGAAACUGCUGAAAAUUCGCAAUAUGUAGCUAUCACACAACUUUUAUGACACGUACAAAAACUUGUACAAACUUUUGUGUUGGUCAAUUUUUGCGCCUGUUUCAAAAAAAAUUGCCAAUGGUGAAGUGCAGAAUUUCGCAAUGAAUCCAUGCCUGGCAAUAAAAUCUUACUUAUCACUACUUACAAGAAGAAGAGAUCUCCUAGUUGACCACCCUUGGACUUAGGUACCUCUAUAGUGGUUUUAUUUGCAGUCACUUAAUGAGAAUUAGUCAGGCUAAUAGCCUUACAUGGGGCAAAUUAAAAAGAAAAUCAUAUAAAUUAUAUUACUAUAUUUUUUAGACUGAUUAGUUAUUGUUUGCCAUUUAGACAAAACCUUUAUUAAGGGUUUUUACAGUGACAUAACAUACCGACAUACAAUUGCUCUUUCUUUUUAUCAUGUCUUUAAUGACCAGUCAAGUUUUAUGUAUUAAAGAACAUACAUAGCAUACAGUAUAUAUUGCUGACAAAUUAGAAUCAAAGCCCUUAUUAAUAGCAUAAGCUUCCUUAUAUUCUGUCUCUUUAAGUACAGCAACUGACCUCCAGAAAGUCCACAGACAUCUUAGCUCCCUAUCAUCUUUGCCUAAAAAUGUUGUGGAGAACUAGUUGAGAGCCAGCUAUCCUUCCUGUUACAUUUGUAGUUUUGAAUGUCAUGAUUUGCUCUUAUGCUCUUUGAUUAAGGGUCAUGGCACACAAGGAUAUCUGUUGCUUGCAAUAAUUCUGCGAUGGCGCAGGCGAUAAAUCUUCUGAAGAUGUAAUGUAAAUCGUGGAAAAACAAAAACACUUUCUUUUCUUUUUCCAAAGUUGCCCAAAGUAUCCAUGUGAAUGUUUUUCCACUGGCAAUUUAUGUUAUUUCCUGUGGGAAAGUAUUUUUGGGAGAUGCCCUGGUAGAGCAGAUUCAUUGCGGGCAGCAAGUCUUUCCAUGAGCCAUCACCCAAUAGGACAGUUUUCUUAAUUUUCUUCUCCUUGAAGCAAAGCACCCAUAUAUAAAUGUUGUAUCUUGUUUUUGACAUUUUAAAACAGAAUUGCUUUUAUGUUAACUUUUUUAUCUUUUAUUUAACUUAAUUUUUAUUAAAGAAAAAA